AUGGCUGAAAAAGGACUCGAGGACGUCCCCGAGGGACAGAUCGAGUCGAACUACGAUGAGACCGUCGAUUCGUUCGAUGACAUGAACCUAAAGCCCGACCUUCUGCGCGGUAUCUACGCCUACGGUUUCGAGCGCCCGUCCGCUAUCCAGCAGCGCGCCAUUAUCCCGGUCAUCAAGAACCAUGACGUGAUUGCCCAGGCUCAGUCCGGUACUGGCAAGACGGCCACCUUCUCCAUCUCCGUCCUGCAGAAGAUCGACACCAACGUCAAGCAGUGCCAGGCCCUCAUUCUCGCCCCCACGCGUGAGCUGGCCCAGCAGAUCCAGAAGGUCGUUGUCGCUAUCGGCGACUUCAUGAACAUUGAAUGCCACGCCUGCAUUGGUGGCACCAGCGUUCGUGAGGACAUGAAGGCUCUCCAGGAUGGCCCCCAGGUCGUUGUCGGCACCCCCGGCCGUGUCCAGGACAUGAUCCAGCGUCGCUUCCUGAAGACCGACGCCAUGAAGAUGUUCGUCCUCGACGAGGCUGACGAGAUGCUUUCGCGCGGUUUCACCGAGCAAAUCUAUGACAUCUUCCAGCUCCUUCCCCAGUCGACUCAGGUCGUCCUUCUGUCGGCCACCAUGCCCCAGGACGUCCUUGAGGUCACGACCAAGUUCAUGCGCGACCCCGUCCGUAUUCUCGUCAAGAAGGACGAGCUUACCCUGGAGGGUAUCAAGCAGUUCUACAUCGCCGUCGAGAAGGAGGAGUGGAAGCUCGACACCCUCUCUGACCUGUACGAGACCGUCACCAUCACCCAGGCCGUCAUCUUCUGCAACACCCGCCGGAAGGUCGACUGGCUCACUGACAAGCUCACGGCCCGUGACUUCACCGUCUCGGCCAUGCACGGUGACAUGGACCAGGCUCAGCGUGACCUGAUCAUGAAGGAGUUCCGGUCGGGCUCUUCGCGUGUCCUGAUCGCCACUGACCUUCUGGCCCGUGGUAUCGAUGUCCAGCAGGUGUCCCUGGUCAUCAACUACGACCUGCCGGCCAACCGCGAGAACUACAUCCACCGUAUCGGUCGUGGUGGCCGUUUCGGUCGUAAGGGUGUUGCCAUCAACUUCGUCACCGCCGAUGACGUUCGCAUGAUGCGCGAGAUUGAGCAGUUCUACAGCACGCAGAUCGAGGAGAUGCCGAUGAACGUGGCCGACCUCAUCUAA